GUUAAAAUAGAAAAAAACAAACAAAAUUAUUGAAAAUUAAAGUGUUUGCACAAAAUUAUGGAUCAACAUGAGAAAUUCUGGGGCAAACCUUUGGCUUCACGUAAGAUCAGCGAUGCAGUAUCUAUGGGACCAAGUGAGGCGCCAACCGAGCAAGAAACCCGUAAACGUAUAAAGCAUGGCGGUUGUUGUACUGCGGCGCACGGGCUUUUUAUGGAAUAUUGCAACAACAGCACGGUGCAUGGCAUGCAAUACUUGGGGGAGCGACGACGUUCGAUUGUCGAAAGAAUUUUCUGGAUUGUCGUGUUUUUUGUGUCAAUUUACUUUUGUGGAAUACUCAUUUGGAAUAUUUACGUGAAAUGGGACACGAGUCCUGUUAUUGUGAGUUUUUCGGAAAAAUCGACGCCUGUAUGGCAAAUUCCGUUUCCAGCAGUGACAAUUUGCCCAGAGACAAAAGCAAAACAAACUGUCUUCAAUUUCACGGACAUUUAUCACCGUAUACAUGGCAACGAGACUCUCACGGACGACGAAAAGUUUAAAUUGGAAAUUAUCGCUCAAACAUGUGACGCCCAUUUACUUGUGAACGCCGGCAUUGGCAACGCGACAAUCACGAGUGACUGCAUCGAUCAACUGCUGGAUAUGGCACCGCAAUUCAACGAGACGUUGUUCCAUUGCAAAUACCAGAACUUGGCUGACACUUGCGACACACUCUUCGCCCCCAUCAUUACGGAGGACGGCGUGUGUUACACGUUCAAUGCACUCAGCGGACAAGAGAUUUAUCGGAAGGAAGCAAUGGCAGACGAUUUCAUGUAUUACGAGCCCAUCAAGGAAUCCAAUAAGUCGUGGACUCUCGAAAAGGGUUACACAGCAGAAUCUUCGACGAAUUUCUCCGUUUAUCCGUUCCGAGUGUUGGCAGCUGGAGCACGCGCCGGAUUAUUUGUCCUUUUGUCGUUGUAUGACAACGAGUUGGAUUAUCUUUGCCGCGGGCCCGUACAAGGAUUUAAAGUUUUGUUGCAUACGCCGGGCGAACAACCACGUGUCUCGAAACAUUAUUUCCGUGUGCCGACGUUGCAAGAAGUGAUUGUCACUGUGAAACCGCAAAUGAUUCAAACUUCAGACAAUUUGUUGAAUUAUAGUCCUGAACGUCGUCAAUGUUACUUCAACCACGAACGUCAAUUGAAAUACUUCCAAAUUUACACACAAUCCAACUGCGAACUCGAAUGCCUCGCCAACCACACGCUCAGCGAAUGCGGAUGCGUUAAAUUCAGCAUGCCACGUGACAAAGAAACGCCAAUUUGCGGUGCGGCCCAAAUCGAAUGUUACAACAAGGCGGAAGACGACAUCCUCAAAAAAGAAAUCAACGAGGGACUGUUGACGAGCACAGAUGCCGCACGUGGCAAUACUCAAUGCAACUGUUUGCCGGCAUGCACUUCGAUUCAGUACGACGUCGAAACAUCCCAAGCCAGAUUCAAUUGGGAAGAUUUGUUCAAAGCCUAUAAAAAUCCCCUUGACGAGUUCCCAUCGAUCCAAUUUGCGCGUCUUUCGAUCUUUUUCAAGGAAGCGCAGUUCAUCACGUCAAAGAGAUCCGAACUUUACGGUCCAACUGAUUUCCUUGCCAACUGCGGAGGCUUGAUGGGACUUUUCAUGGGCAUCUCGUUGCUGUCUUUCGUGGAAAUUUUCUACUUUUGCAGCGUUCGUCUUUGUUGCAACCUCAAAAUGCGAAUGGACAACAAGAAGCGCGCCAAUUCCGUCAGAAAACCCGGCAUUUUGGUCGAAAAACCGACCGAAAAGGAAUAUGUCGAAUAGAAAAAUUACAUUUUUGUAUCAAUUUAAAUCCAAUUUUUCGAAAAUUGUCACGUUCUUACUAAAAAUAACGAAAAAAAAAUGCAUUUCACCGCGACGAAUUAGAAUGCAAUAAAUGUCACUCGACAUUUUUCUAUGAGUUAUUUCCCGUCGCAAAGCAUAACCUAAAGCUACAAUAAACUUUUUUCAUGAAUAAAUGCAAAAUUUUUGGCAGAAUUUCUCUGUGUAACGAAAAACUCCCAUUUCAUUAUGCAAUAAAA